AUGGAAAACUCGGAUUCUGACGAUGAAGAUGAAUCCACGGCCAUGGUUCAAAAUCAGAUGGACCGAUUGGUUCGGGAAGAAGAUUUCUAUCGAUUUGUAAAUAACCUGAAUGACGAAGAUUACAAGCUUAUGAGGGAUAACGAUUUGCUCGGCAACCCGGGAGAAAGUACAGAGGAAGAGUUGCUGAGAAGACUUCAGCAACUUAAAGAAAACCCACUGCAAAACGUCCAUGAAAAUACAGGUGGAGGUGACACUUCAGAUGAUGAGUCUAGUGCUCAAUCUCUUUUGAAUUGGCUUCUCUCUUCUGAAGAAACUGAUGAAAGUGUGACAAGUGAGCACACAGAACACCAAUCUUGCAGAGAAUUGAGCCAGGUUAGUCCAAACAAUGAUUUCACUUUCAAUUCAGAAACAUAUUUUCACCUUAAUAAUGACAACUCCAAUUUAGAGAAUGAAUAUGAACCACCUACAAGACUUCCCAGAGGAGAAAAUAUAGAAAACCGCCAAAGUCAUGUGGAAAAUCUAUGCUCUGAAUCAACAUUUACAAGACCAUCUAGAUCAGAACAAAGUAUAACUGAAGCAUUAAGUGAAGUGCCACUCACCAGAGGUCAGCGAAGAGCAAGAAGCAGAAGCCCAGACCAUCGGAGAACCAGAGCGAGAAGUGAAAAUUGUUGGUCACCUGUAUGUUCAAUGAGUGAAGUUUUCCAAAGAUUUCAUCAGGAUGCCUCAUCUCCAACUAGUGAGCAGCCUGUGGUAAAUGCGACCGAGAGACUUACUAGAACUCAGCUCCAAGAAACAUUGAGACAGCAAAUAACUGGACAUGAUUUGCAAAAUAGGGAUCUUUUUGCAACUCCCAGAACAAGGAACAGAGAAUCUCCCGUUCAAAGAGAAUCUUCUCAAGAUACAACCAGGGGAGAUGUAUCUCAUAGACUGAGACAGAUAAGUCCCACCAUAUUCUUGGAUUCUGAACUAGCACGAGUUCAUCCUGGAGCAUAUUCUGAGAGCGAGAGUAUAGCUAGUAGAACCCAGAUAACAUCUGAGACAUCAAUCAACACUUUCACUUUAGAAAGUGAACAAGGAGGACCUAGGCCUAUGUUUUCAUAUUCUGAGCAGGCAGAUAUGAGAGCUCACGUCAGUACCAUCAGCAUUCCCAUUCAUACAACUUUAAAUACUGGUUUAAAUGAUACAACAUCUGUUGCAACUCAAAGCAAUCCAUGGCAGGCAAUGACAGAUUUUAGUGACUUAAGCAACCUUAUGAACAAUGACAAUGAUUUAGAGCCUUGUGUCUCACCUUCAAGUCAAAACGUGGAAAAGAGAGAGUCCCCCACGGGAAGAGAGAGCUGUGAUAGUAGGAGUUCUGGUGCCAAUUCAGAUUCUGACCAUGAUUCCCAUUCACCUUCGGCAUUGAUUUCUAGUUCAAACUCCAGUUACAGGUCUCCUUUCAAUUCUAGUCCUACGUCUGAUUCCAGCUCCAGUGAUGAAGAUCCAUAUGGUAACUCACUGAUGUUUGAAACACCUGAUGAAAGAAGCUUAUCACCAGUCUCAUUCUCACAAACCAGACAACACAGUAGAUCUAUGAGCCCAGUAUCAUUUGAUGACAGUGACUCUUGGACCUCCCUUGAUCUGGACCAGUUUUUUCUCGUAAGUGACGAUCAGAACCAUUCUACAGGACUCACCAGAGAACAGAUCGACAACUUGACUGUAAGAUCUUUUGGUAAAAAUGAGGUAUUAAAAAGUUGCAGCAUUUGCAUCAUGGAGUACACAGAAGGCAACAGGCUUCGCGUGUUACCUUGCUCCCAUGAAUAUCAUAUCCACUGCAUUGAUCGCUGGCUGGCUGACAAUUCUACUUGUCCUGUUUGUCGUGGAAAAGUAGUAGAUUCGGGUGAAGGAGAAAAUUCUAAUUGA